UCUGCUAAAGAUGGCUCAGAAACGGGCAGUUCUGGCUGUGCUCCUUUUCUUGCCAAUCAAUCUGGUUGAAGCUCAUGCCAGGGUGAGUGUAGAGGCUGGCCAUGAAGCUGUGCUGAGCUGUCCCAACACCCCCAAGGUGUAUCUUACACUGGUGACAUGGAAGAGGAGUUGCAGCACUUGCUGUGUGCUGUCCUACAGAUGGGAUAAAAAUAAGACAAGCAGGCAGAACUGCAGUGAGAGGAUCACGUGGAAAUAUUUACCUGUCAGUGACCCUGCACUUCGUAUUUACCCUGUGAACCUCAGGGAUGAGGGAAAUUACACCUGUGAAGUUGUCAGCAGUGAAGGGAAUUUUCUUCUUUUCUCUUCUCUGACAGUGAUAGUCCCUCCUAUGGUGACUCUGACCCACGACAAGAGCAGGGUGGCUGUCUGUCAGGCAUCUGCAGGAAAGCCACCUGCUGACAUCUCCUGGAUCCCUGCAAGCAAUCACAUCUCUGAGGAAGAAUUCCAUCACCCCAAUGGAACAGUCACCAGAGUGAGCUAUUUUGGCUGGAUCAACAGCUCACUUCCCUCUGUCACCUGCCUGGUGACUCACCCAGCCAUGAACCAGACUCUGGUCAUGGACCUGAGAUACACUUCCCAUAGGCUUCCCUACAUCCUGAUAGGAGCAGCUGCAGGUGUCUGUGCUGUCACUGGUGUGACUUUAUAUUUGAUUUUCCGGUACAGAGCUUGCUGUUUACGUAAACGGGCACAGCAGAGCACAACAACUAAAACCUCCAGGUUCCCAACUUCAGGUGCGAGAAGAGAAAUAGUCAAGCCUCCUGACUUUCCAGAGACAAUGUAUGAGAAUUACAGCCCUAGAUCUGUUUAUAUGUGCUUAUAA